AUCUGUGUAAAAGUUACAUUUGUCCAAAGCCUGGAUGUCAUGAAGUUCUUAUUUAAUCAUUUGUAAAUCUCUCAGUUUUAUUAAAGAGAGGAAGAAAUUCACUGGGAGCCCCUUUAACAUUUCUGUCAAGCUUAGCUGGCCGGUUUGUUCACUUGGUGCUUCUAUUCUAGUAUAAUGCUGUAUAAUUACCAAAGACUUCAUAUAAGUCAUUAGUGUUAUUAGUGUAGGCCUUUAACAACUGGCUCAUCCACAUAACACACAGAAUAGGAUUGCAUUUUGAGUUUGCAGCAUCAUACUUCAGUGUACUGUUCAUUACUGUAAACUUUUCUCUGACUCGCAGCCUUUUACAAAAUGCUGUCUGUUCUCACUUCAAAGCUGUUUGCCCGGCUGAAUAAUUGCCGUAUCGUUCCGUGUGGCUCCCCACCCAGCCCACUCUGUGGCUCUGUGAGCCGAUGGAGCUGAAAGCUGUAGCAGUGAUUGUCUUAAACCUGGCUGACAGGAUGCUACUGACAGCUGAAUCAUCAUGGCAGAGAGCAACACCGCCCAUCCAACAGGGAUAUCUGUAUUAAACAGAGUGAUCAUGGGACUUGUUUACACUGGUUACGAUAAAACUGAUUCACUUAUCAUCUCUUUGAUUAUUAUGAAAGUAUGUUUUUCUUUUUCCAAGUAAAACUUGUGGAGUAAAAAUGGUGAUAUGUGAACACCAUGAUCCGUUGCAGGUUGUAGAUUUGUACUUGGAAGAACACGUUAUGAUAAGCUAGUGACGGUGUUCCUGUAUUCGUCAUUAAUUCAUUCAUGCACGUGAAUCGUCUGUUCUCUUUUUUUGGCAUCAUUUUAAUAAUUUGUACAUAAGACGUUUUUGAUGUUGGAGCGUGUUUUGUUUGGUUGGGGAUUUUUGUUCUUGGAAGGCUUCUGAGAACUCUUGAAAUUGACCCUCACCUCUCAUCUUCAUUCAGUGAGAAAGAUUCACAUCAAGGGUCCAUUACUUUCUGUAAAUCCUGUGUUUGGAGUUGUCUUGGCAACCAGCUCAGGCUUUAUGUGUACAAAACGUGAUUGAGGUUGGCCCUCAUGGGUACUUGCCUCGCCCCUCUGCGCACCAUGUGCUGCUGCUGAUUAGCCUCUCCCUGAGCAGGCUGGGCUGGUGCAGGCUGUGCAGCAUCUGAUAAAGCCUAAUUGAUACGGUCGCCGAGGGAGGCCUUUGUGUGCUUUGUUGGCCCAGCGAGGCGCAGCAGAGUCAGACCUUGUCAGUGUGGCUGCUUAGACAAUAGGAGCAGCUGUAACUCAACUCUGAGGAGCAGCAAUGAUGGAAACUGAGACCAUCUCUGCUAUUGAUUAACUUGAAAAGAUUGAGCAUGGUGGGACGGAGUAGGUUGAAUCCACCAUAAGAUUGCCAAGGUGAACCUUUUGCUCAGGAACCCCAGACAGAUCCACGGUGUCUGGUCUUUGACAUCUCUAUCACACCAAAAGGAGCUUAUAACUGGACAUAUAGCACAGGACUGCAGGCGACCGCUCAGCGUUAACAAAGGCAGCAGCAGCAGAGGGAUGCAGGUUCAACCCCCUCCAUGUGGCCCAGAGACACACAGGCAGACGCUGAGAUGGGAUUGUACCAUGUGGGGUGUCAGUGUUUUUGACAUGCAGUCUGAACUGUGCAUGAUUUGUUUUGUUCCUCUAAAUGUAAGCCAUUCUUUUUAAGCAAGUUCUUUUUUUCCAUGCAGAAUGACAUUUUUAGUCUAAGCCUUUUUAACUGGCUGACAAAAUGUUGAAGUUCAAAGCUUUUUGUUUGGACUACUGGCAGUUCCUGUGUCUACAGCCUCUGCACGGUUUCUAUAAAAGUGUGGAAGGUGAUGCUCCAGGAACUGAAGUGGGAGCUUCUGUGGACCCUAGUGGUGGCUACAGUUGUGUCCCAGUGACCCACAGCGGCGGGCUCGGCCCCGACCACCUGGACAGCCAGCUCUACGGGCACAUCUUGCUGCCAGGCCACCCACGGCCCAGACGGCCCAAGCUUCAGCACUCUCAGUCCAUCCUCCGCAAGCAAGCAGAAGAGGAGGCAAUCAAGCGCUCCCGCUCGCUGUCAGAGAGCUAUGAGCUCUCAUCUGACCUACAGGACAAGCAGGUGGAGAUGCUAGAGCGCAAAUAUGGUGGGCGUUUCAUAACCCGGCAUGCUGCCCGCACCAUACAGACAGCUUUCCGCCAAUACCAGAUGAACAAAAACUUUGAGCGUCUUAGAAGCUCUAUGUCUGAGAACCGUAUGUCCAGACGGAUCGUCCUAUCCAAUAUGAGAAUGCAGUUUUCCUUUGAAGGACCUGAAAAAGUCCAUAGCUCCUACUUCGAGGGAAAGCAGGUCUCUCUCACAGAUGAUGGCACUAAAAUUGGUGCACUAAGGCAGUCAGACCAUGGCGGGGAGAUGGGUGUGCAGGCCAAGACCCCCACCACACAGAGCGACUUCACAGAUGCCAUCACAGAACUAGAAGAUGCCUUUUCAAGGCAGGUGAAAUCUCUAGCCGAGUCCAUAGAUGAUGCUCUGAACUGCCGCAGCCUACAUGGUGAAGACAGUCAGUCAGAGCCAGGGAGAGGCCUCCAGGAUAUGGACAGAGAGGUCACCUGUCAGGUGAAACCCUCCCACAGCGCCUCAGAACACCGUAAACUCGAUGAGAUGACAGCGUCUUACAGCGAUGUCACCCUGUACAUCGACGAAGAGGAGUUAUCACCACCCCUUCCUCUUUCUCAGUCUGUAGACCGGCCCUCAAGCACAGAAUCAGACUUGCGCCAGCGUUCGCUCAACUCCUCACAAGAUUAUUGGUCUCUUGCUCAUAAGGAUGAAAAAGGGGACACCGAUACCAGCUGCCGCAGUACACCUUCCUUGGAAUGCCAAGAGCAACGUCUACGGGUAGAUCACCUACCCUUAUUGACCAUAGAGCCUCCCAGUGAUAGCUCAGUGGAGCUGAGUGAUCGUUCUGACCGCAGCUCUUUAAAGAGACAGAACGCCUACGAACGAAGCAUCAGCAACCAGCAGAGUAGCCCUAAACAAGUCAGCCACAGCCUGCCACCUCGAGGGCCUUCCAGAGAAGAAGACACUUCCCGACAUCGAUCGCGACAGCUGGAGGCCCAUCUGGCAAUCAAUGGUACAGCAAACCGGCAGAGCAAGUCAGAGUCGGAUUUCUCAGAUGGCGACAAUGACAGCAUCAACAGCACAUCGAACUCCAACGAUACCAUCAAUUGUAGUUCUGAAUCCUCGUCCAGGGACAGCCUGCGUGAACAGACGCUCAGCAAGCAGACGUACCACAAAGAAACUCGCAACAGCUGGGACUCACCUGCAUUCAGCAAUGACAUCAUUCGCAAGAGGCAUUACCGCAUUGGCCUAAAUCUCUUCAACAAGAAGCCAGAAAAAGGCAUUCAGUAUCUGAUAGAGCGAAACUUUGUUCCAGACACUCCGGUGGGUGUGGCCCACUUCCUGCUCCAGAGGAAAGGCUUGAGUAGGCAGAUGAUUGGCGAGUUCCUGGGUAAUCGGCAGAAACAGUUCAACCGGGAUGUCCUCGACUGCGUAGUGGAUGAAAUGGACUUCUCAGCUAUGGAGCUGGAUGAAGCGCUCAGGAAAUUCCAGGCACACAUCAGAGUCCAAGGGGAAGCACAGAAGGUAGAGCGACUGAUAGAGGCCUUCAGCCAGCGUUACUGCAUCUGCAACCCCGGUGUGGUGCGACAAUUCAGGAACCCCGACACCAUCUUCAUCCUUGCCUUUGCAAUCAUCCUCCUCAACACUGACAUGUACAGCCCCAACGUCAAGCCUGAGAGGAAGAUGAAGCUGGAGGACUUUGUUAAGAACCUUAGAGGAGUCGAUGAUGGGGAGGACAUCCCCCGAGAGAUGCUCGUAGGGAUAUACGAACGGAUUCGCAAGCGGGAGCUCAAGACAAAUGAAGACCACGUUUCCCAGGUUCAGAAAGUGGAAAAGCUAAUCGUUGGAAAAAAGCCAAUUGGCUCUUUACAUCAUGGUCUUGGCUGUGUACUAUCUCUACCCCACCGGAGACUGGUCUGUUACUGCAGACUUUUUGAAGUGCCCGACCCCAACAAACCUCAAAAGUUGGGCCUGCACCAAAGGGAGAUCUUCCUUUUCAAUGACUUGCUAGUGGUUACAAAAAUCUUCCAGAAGAAAAAGAAUUCUGUGACAUACAGCUUUCGACAGUCCUUCUCUCUUUAUGGCAUGCAAGUCCUCCUCUUUGAGAAUCAGUACUAUCCCAAUGGCGUUCGCCUGACUUCAGCCAUUCCUGGAGCUGAUAUCAAAGUCCUCAUCAACUUCAAUGCACCCAAUCCUCAGGACCGCAAAAAGUUCACUGAUGAUUUGCGAGAAUCUAUUGCAGAAGUCCAAGAGAUGGAGAAGUACCGGAUAGAAUCUGAGCUGGAAAAACAGAAGGGCGUGGUGAGGCCUAGCAUGUCACAGAGCUCCGGGUUAAAGAAGGAUGCAGGAAACGGAAACCUGAGCCGAGCAAGCCUCGACGACAGCUAUGCCAUCGGUGAAGGUCUGAAGAGAAGCGCCCUCAGCAGCUCCCUACGCGAUCUCUCAGAUGCAGGCAAGCGUGGGAGACGCAGCAGUGCAGGAUCACUAGACAGCAAUAUGGAAGGGUCCAUCAUUAGCAGUCCUCACAUGCGGCGGAGAGCCCCGUCCAGCCGAGACUGCCCAUCCCGUCACAGCGCCCAGUCCCUGCCCAACUCUUCCUCGUUGCUCGGAUCGUUGUUCGGCACCAGGCGUGUGAAGUCGCCAAGCCCCACCCCUCAGCCCCAGCUGCACCCUACUCUCAUCUCCCACACCCCGCACCCAGCCAACCUGCACCACACAGCCCGCGUGGAGACGGAAGGACCGGUGCCCAUGCACCCGCACCACGCCCAGUUCUGCCACAUGACCCAGAACCCACCCCCUUAUCACCACCAUCACCACUACCACCCGCCGGCCCACUUGCAGCACCCACCGCACCAGUACCACCCUCCCCCGUCUCACAGCCAGCAGCAGCCGUACCCGGCUCAUCCUCACGGGCCCCAUGGGCACGGGAGCCACCCACCGCACUCCUCCACCCACCCCACUCACGGCCCUCCCCACCACCACGGCGCACCGCCACCAUCCUCCCAGGGACCCAGCAGCACCAAGCCCAAGCACAGCGGCAUCAGCACAGUGGUGUGAGGGGCAGGUCGUCCUCUCUGGACCCUGCAGCUGAACUUUUUCCUCCUGGGCUGACAUGAUGGUGGCACUGUGCAUCGCCGGUCUGGGGCUACGAAGCCAGACGAGAUCCCGUUGUGCCUCCUUCAGAUUUUUUUCCUUUCUUUUAGAGCCGCUUCUAUCAUUUUGUUUCAGGACAUAAGACAUGUCUACCCGCUUCAGGAGCAACAGACAAGAGCAUGCACAAAGACCACAACUACUGUUUGUUUCUCAGUAAACUACCGGAACUCGCUUACUAGUAUUUUACACAAGAAGUACAUAUUAAUCUUCACACAGUAACUUUAAACGUUGUCAAGACGGUUUGGCUGAACAGACACGAAGACGACAGCUCAGCCUCAGCCGUGGCUGUGCAAGUAUUUAAUGUAGCAGUAGCUCACAGUGCACUGUGAUAUCUCUGUUAGCAGUGAUAAAUGUGCCAAUUAUUAAAGCAUUUACUAAUUUAGUCACACAGAUUGCUUUAUGUAUAUUGUGCAUAGUAUUUUGUAAAAUAAUAAUAUCAAAUGUUAUUAUUAUAGUUAUUACUACAGAACAAACAGCAUCGAUGAAAACUCUCAGUAUUAUACUUGCACAUAGAUGGCGUAGUUUCACUGUUAAGAAACCAAUCAAAGCUUUUCUUAGUUAGGCAGUCGGACGCAAGAGUACUGCUGUGAAUGGUUGCCUUUGAGCUAGAAGUUAGAUUGUUGAGGGCUGCUGCACUCCAGCCCACCUACAGUCUCAUCCACUGCACGUGUCUCCGGGCCGGAGCUCUCUCUCUCCCCUGCUCUGAAAGCAAAGGAAGCCAGCGGCACUCGCUGCUUGCCUGCCCUCCUUUUAUUUUUUUAACUAUUUUUUUAGAAUCCAAUGAACAAUACGAAUAUAUAAAGGCUGUCCUGCAGCCUGGUGGGACUCUGCAAGUCUGUCCUGCAGGGGGAGGAGGACGACGCUGGAUGUUUUUCAUGUGGAAACUGAGGGAGAAACUGUGCAGCAGGGAAACAUGUCCCACUGUGGAAGCUCUCAGCUGGCUGAGCGUGGCCUCUCCCUCUUCGGUUUCCCCGUGCGUCUGCUGGAACGGCGAGCGUGCCGUAACUGACUGUUUUGUUUUGUCUUGAGGUUUUUUCCCUGGGAUGGACGCCACAGAGCAAAAAUCAAUAAUUAUCAUUCUGUGAUGGUGACAGCGCCCUUAUGCUUGACUCAUUACGGAGAGCGGUUUUAUAUCAAUCAUCUUUCUGACAUAUUAUGGGAUGGCUGCUUGUACCUCCCGGUCAUCCCGUGCACAGUAUCUGUGGUGUGUGUGUGGAGCGGAGGCAGGGGGGCUGCUGUCCUGGAGCAUAUUUUCUGUUUCUGAAAGCAACAGAUGCAGCGCUCAUUCUACAUAGCUGAUAUCAAUGGCAGGAGUUAGUCUGUAUCUGCUUAAAGACUGUGAGAUGCAUUUUUUAAACUAGUGCAAUAUGUAUUUACUGUUUUUUGUUGUUGUUGUUGUUUGUUUUUGUUGAAGAACAAGUUCAAUCUGUUGGUCGUUCUGUUAGUUUCGCCCUUUACUUUCUCCCUCCGGCGUCCUCUGGCAUUUCUUUCUCAGUGUUUCAGUGAAGUGCAAGUAUCCACAUGGAUUUGGAGGAACUGGACCUUUCACACUGAUGCAGAGUGUCACAGAAAAGAACUGCAUGUAACGUUAUAUCUUGAGGCUAUUUUCAAACUGUGUACUCCCAAACUAUAUCAGUGUUACAGUUGACAGUUGUUUAAAAAAAAAAGAAUGGUAGAAUAGUUUUGACUUCUUCAAAUACAGCUAACCGAAGUCAGCGAUGUGUUCAUGUCACUCCAGACGAUAAGUAACCAAAUCUGUAUUUUAACCACAUGCAGUACAGUAGUUAAACUGGAUCGUUAGUGUUCAACUGUAGUUAAAGCAGGACCUGAUCAAAGCUGUAACGGGGAAGCUCUGUGUGUUCUGUCAUUUGAAAAUCAGAGUGAUAAUCGAUUAUUUAAAAAGGAAACUUUUAUCUUCACAUUUUCUCUCUGUCUGUCAGCGGCGCACACGUUACCAUUUUCAAGUGGUGUCCAGUAGAUCAGUAUUCUUAAAUAUAUAUGCCCUCAGUUAAAGCCACACUUUGUACUUGCUUCAUAAUGUUUGAUUGAAUAAUACGCUUAGAAAUGCUCUUUGUAUUCAUUAUAAGACAACUCUUGGGUUGCCAGGUUCUGGAAAGUGUCUUGUGGCCUAAUGUUUACCCAGUUAUACAGGAAAUUACACAUUUUUAUGAUAUACUAUAAAUUACACGUUUUUAAGGUUUCUCUCUAACAGUCUAGUAGUUUACACAUUCACCCAACAAGCCAAAUGUCCCCUCUUCAACCCAGAGAAGAGACACAGAUCCCUUGGUGUUUGUGUAAGGACGGGCAUCAAACAUGAGGCGCUAACUGCUUUGGCAAAGAGCAGCCAAAAGUAGCUUUUUUUUCCAGGAAUCCGUAGUCUGCAGCUGGCUGAUUAUUAUAAAUGGUAUUUGCUACACUGUUUUUUAGCUCUCUGCUUUUAUUGCAGUAGCUUUGCAUGCUUUUCACUGUUCAGAAUAAUCCAUUACAUACUCAGUUUAGCGCUGUCUGAAACAAGCAGUUACAGCUCUGUUCUCCUUCUUUUUAAGCCAUUUAGUUUCUGAUUGGCUGCACAAUGUUAUCAGUAUAUAGAUUUUCAAAUGUAAUUUUCAAAUUUUUUCCACAGGCUAAAGGUGCUCUGUUGAGUUUCCAAACAUUAGUAGGUUUAAUAAGCAAUUUUAUAUGAUUCCACUCUGGUUUGGAAAGCACAAGUAAAACCUCCCACGUGUGCAAGCAGAAUUUAGAGUUUGUGCAAAGUCCAUAGGGCAGUUUCAAGUGAUUUUCGUUGAUAUACAAAGCAGGUUCCACACUUGGCACAGUUUCCCCUCCACUCUCACAUAAAACAGUAUAACCUGCCUCUUAUUGAGGUGAUACUCUAAGCAAAUAAGAUACAAAAACUAUGAGAACUGCUUCAGUAUUUCCUGGAAAUGUUCAGUGAGGAUGUAGAUUUGCCAAGACCUUACAACCUGGCAACCCAGAGCUUGUGCUUCUUAAAGUUUUAUUACUGAUUUUGUAAAGCAUUUAGUAAUGUUUUUAAAAAAAACCAAUUAGAUUCUUUCUUUUUUUUCUUUUUUUUUGUAGAAAAAGUAAAAUUUUAUUUAAAGGUACGUAUUUAAAAUCUAUUCCAUUAGAAUAAAAAACUUCUGAAAUGAACUGAAGCUGUCAAAUAAUGUGGGGGGGAAACCAAAUACUAUGACUUCAUCGACGUCAUCUCUGUAUGGGAUUAACCCUGAAAAGCCUGAACCAAGAAAUAACUGCCAGAAAAUUCAUUUGAGAGUGUUUAUUCAACCUCACUUUUCAUUUUUUACAAAAAAAGAAGUGAAAUAUCAAUUUGCAUAUAUGAGUUUUAAUUUAUUGCUACAACUGGCAUUUUUAUGCAAUUGAUUGCUUAAAAUUUUAUUGUGCAGUUUAUUCAGGUUUUUCAGGAAAAAAUAAAUCACACUGAUAAUGUAAGGGUCUAAAAAUCUCAUGUAUCAAUUAUGAUAUACUUGGCGUUACAGGGUUAAGUUAAAAUAAGGCCCAGCCGUACUUUCAUGCAAUGCACAUUUGUUCCACAAGAUGGUGCUGAAAUAAAUGUAACUUUACAACUUGUAAAUCAGGUAAAUCAUUACGAAAACAUUCCUAUUUGCAAUGGUAGCCUGCAAAAGGCAACACAAUAAAAAACAUAAAAAAUGAAAAGAACGACGCCUCCGUAAACAUUUCAACACACCUGCUGAGAAAACCACUGCCUCCUGGUGGUGAAAGUUUGAUUAACGCAUGUGUACAAUUUGCAAUAUGUCCUUACAAAAAGUACCUUUAAAAUAGAUUUUGUUGUGUCCGUGCACUGUAGGCUCCUGUAACUUUCACACCUUAUAGUUGGCUGCAGUUUCUGUGCUACAGUGUCAGGAAAGUGCCAAUAUUGCAUUGUUAAAAUCAGUUUAACAUGAAAUCUACUGCGGGCUGUAUUUAAAACCCAACGCUGUACCCGACCAAUCACAAAGUUUGUCUUCAGACCAGGAUUCGAACACCAACAGGCUAUUAGAGAGUAAAGGUACAGGCAGAUCCCAAAAAAGGAGCCCGAGUUACUUUUAUUACCCUACAACCUUCCAGUUCCUUCAGAGCACUGAUCUAUUGUGAAACCUGUCCAGAUUCCAUGUGAGGUGCUUUGCUGCAUGCCAUUGAUGCCUACUGUUUCUUUCUUCUACUCUCUUUUUUUGGUUUCAUUUGUUGUUGUUUUUUCAACCGUUGCUCUGUCAAGCGGCGUGCUUGACUAGAACUUAACCUUCCAGCAUAGCUACGACUUCCCUGACUUGUGCUUGUUUACAUCUAGACGAGUUUUGGCCUGCUAGUGUGUCUUUUUGUUUGUGCAUCAUUCUCCUCCGGCAUGCAUUUCACCCAUAUUUCCACUGUAGAGUAUAAAGACCUGGCAGCGUACUGCUGAGUGUAAAUAUGGAAUCUAAUGUGACUUGAAGUAAAAGUAAAGAGGGCUGGACAUGGAGGAAAUAUUUUAAUGGCAAGCUGGUAAUAAAGAAUGAGUAACAUAUGUAAAUAGUCUGUAAAUUAUUGUUAUUAAUUAUUCUUAUUAUUACUAUUCAGUGUCUACAGUUACAUUGAAGGUGCAUUCCUGCUCCCUUGUGAUCUUUACAUAAUCAAACUGCUUCUCUCUGCCUCCGACAGGACUGAAUUAUCAUAGGAUCUAGAGAUGAACAGCCAAUUGUUACACGGCUAACACCGUUUCUGUCGUCUUUCCUGAGAUGCUUCUGUUUUCUCACACUCACAGCCAGACUUCUGAAGUCAAAGGGAAGAGAGGAGUGCUCUUAUUUUAUUAUGCAUUCUGUUUCUAAGUAGAAAAAUACCCAUUGAUGUAAAACUAGUACUGUGACAAUGUUGAGAACGCAAAAUAAAAUGAUAUACAGUCAAAUCGGA